AAACCCACGGAAGUAAAACUGCCUUGGAAAUCAGAAAAAAUCUCUACCUUGACAAUAUUAUAUUACCAACAAAGGGAACCCAAGAAGCACUCAAAAAUUAUGAAGAAAUGAAAUCUAUCUUCGAAGAAGCCUCAAUGAACGUACGGGAAUUUCUUUCAAAUGACAACGAAUUCAAUAAAAUUAUUCUGGAAAACGAUCGAGCAGAAAAAUGGCCAACACACGUGCAAGAACUGCCACCAUUCAUAAUACAUCCUUCUGAGAAAAUGCAGCUCCACAUCUUUACAGAUGUCUCAAAUGUAGCUAUUCAGCAGCCAUGGCGCAUUGCACUGGAUUCAGAGAGUCAUUCUCGAUUACUACCAAAAUUCGUACAAAAUCGAGUAGAAGAAGUAAGGGAAUUAAAGGCUUUGUUUCGUUAUAUACCAAGCAAGAAUAAUCCAGUUGAUAUCGAGCAACAAAGACUGAAGAAGAAAUACGGAAUUGGAAUCUGUGCUACAAUGAAAAUGACCGCUACUGAAAAUCCAGGAGUGGUUUGGAUAAUUCAGGAACAUAUGGAUGCAAAACCACUCCGGUUACCGGUAAUGCCUAAUCUUCCAGAAACACGAAUCAAACGCCCACGAACACUCGAGAACAUUGGAUUCGAUUAUCUGGGCCCUGUUGCUAUUAAAACUGAAAGAGGUCUAACUAAAAGAUGGAUAACUAUGUUACAUAGAGCGAACUCAAGAAAGACACGUUUCCCCAAAAAUUGUCGAAGAGAGCCUCAUGAGGAUGAAGUUGUACUGGUCAACGAACCGGUAGUUUCCUGUGGUAUGUGGAAGUUAGCAAGGAUAAAAGGAAUUAAGGGAAGGAAGGAUGGAGGAAUUAGAAACGCUAUAAUUGAAAUCCCUCAUGAGAAAUUUCUCAAAAGGCCAGUGAAUGUAUUUUCUCCCCUUGAAGUCGAUAACAAUGAGAACCGAACAGUUCAAUCAUCAAGUCUAGAAGAACCAAUACAAGAAACAACAAUUCAAGAAGAACCUGUCGCUUCGAGAACCAGGAGUGCAAGAAAACAGCAGCAGAAUUCAAACUGCUCCCAAUGA